CGCCUGCGUACUACUCGAGGCUUUACAUCUGCUUUCACGCAGGCGUCGUGGUCACAGAGACGAUGCACAUUGUGCCAUGAGUUGCGCGCCACCCCGCGGGACGAACGGAAAAGUGCCCGUACUUCUCCGACCGACGCCACGUGUGCGGCAUCCCUUGGCCGGACGAGUAAGUCUCGACGCAUUUUGCGCGCGCUCUGGCUGACAUUCUCGCAGGGAUACGGCGGAAGAUUGAAUGAGCGCUCUGCGCGCACUUCCCCCAAUCUUCCGACUUGCCGCUGGGCGGGUCUCGGUCGCGGACCGCCGAGGUCUGAUCCGGAAAUAUGCGACGCCGGUCUGGAAGUUUGGGCGGCGACUGGGCGCGGCGUUGGGCCGUUCGCGAUGUAUAAAGAGUGGGCUGUCUAACCCUUUGAAUCAGCAU